AUGGAUUUUCGUGCCAACAAAUCACGCAGCAUCGUGAUCAUAAAAGGUAAGUCCCUCAAUUCAACUCCUUUUGCUCUCCAAAAGCCUGCUGACCCCACAGACUUCUCUUCCUACAUUCCUUCUAUCCAUUCCAUGCCUGUGCGAUUUCUAGGCCGUAUUAUGGAUGGUUCUAUCUCCGAUAGGAAGGCUACUGACGAACUUGAGAAGUUAUCUGCAGGGGUUUCUAUUAUUGACAAGUCGUUUUAUAAAGGCCCUCAGAAGCUGUGGAUUUUACAACAUCUAUUAAUCCCGCGCAUUCAGUGGCCACUGCUGAUAUACGAAGUCUCAAUGUCUUGUGUCGGCACCCUUGUCAGUAAUGUGUCAGUAUUUAUAAGGAAAUGGCUCAAUCUUCACCAUUCUACCACUAAUUUAUGUCUUUAUGAUUCCAGCUCACCUUGCUCUCUACCGAUAAAAAGCCUAACUUCCAUACUCAAGUCCGCUAAGAUCAGUGGACACUUGCUGCUAAGGGAUUCUAAAGAUCCAUUGGUUUCGGCAGCUGUAUCAAUAUUAAAGGCUGGUAGAUGGAGCGUGUCCAAUUCAGUCAGAAUUGCUGAAGCAGAAUUAAAGAUUAAAGAAAUUAUAGGUUUAGGUCUCUGUCCUAAGCCUAAGGGAACUUCUCUUAGACAGUCUCAUUCUUUCAGGAAAUUAGUAUCGGUGACUGCAAAAGAAAUUGAUGGUGAAAAGGAUAUAAGCAGAGCUUUGCAACUACAGGUACAAGGAAGUUGGACCAGAUGGGACAACUACAUUAAGAACGACCUCUCCUGGAAGUCCUUGCUUGCCAUGCCACCAAACCUGUUGUCGUUCUGUUUAAGCUCCACCUAUGAUGUUCUUCCUUUUCCGAGUAAUUUAAGGCAUUGGCGUAUAUGUACCGAAUCCUUCUGUUUCUUGUGUGGAAAACAAGUCUGCACUACAGCUCACAUUUUAGGGGCCUGCAAAACGGCUUUAACACAGGGUAGAUUUACGUUUCGUCACGACUCUGUCUUGCGCGAACUUUCACAGUUGAUCACCACGUUUUCCAAAUCUAUUUCCUCUCCUGUAAAGCACCUAAAUAAUGUAAAAUUUGUUAAAGCAGGUGGUCACUCAUCUAGCAAAAAAUCAAAACCGGUAGGCCUUUUGCAUCUUGCCACUGACUGGUUAUUUCUUUCAGAUUUAAAUGGUGAACUUAUUUUUCCUGGUCAUAUUGCCAUAACAUCGCUUAGACCAGAUCUUGUCCUGUAUUCCAACAACAGCAAACGUGUUAUUUUAAUUGAACUUACAUGCCCUUGUGAGGAAAACAUGGAAACCUGGCACUCCAAAACGCUCUAA